CAGUGAGGGUGGUGAGGUGCUGGAACAGGUUGCCCAGUGAUGUGGUUGAUGCCCCUGCAGACGUUCAAGCGAGGCUGGAUCAGGCACUGGGCAACCUGAUCUGUCCAUGGAUGUCCCUGCUCACUGCAGGGGAUUUGGACUUGAUGGCCUUUGAAGCUUCCUUCCAACGCCAAGGAUCUCAUGAUUCUACGAAACUCUUACGACCUUUACUCAGACCCAGGAUUUCUCCUGUCUUGGAACUGCCGUGAAAACACCAAGCCUGCCAUUUGGGUGUGCUGCUUUUGCCCCUUCUGACAGGAAGUCAGGCACUUCCUGAAACCAUACGCCUCGCCGGAGCUAUAGCGUUACCCUGACCUUUCUUAAAGCCUCCGGGAGGAGGGGAGAGGCAGGAAAGGGACAUAACGCGAAACGUCUAGGGUUUCUGCCAUCUCGCCGUACCGCCUCACCGGGCGGGGAGAGCCCCGGAGGGGGUGAGACGAGAGGAGGGCCGAGGAGCGACGAGGCCGCGUCCGUGACGGGGCCCGAGCAGCCCGCGCUUGGACCGGCCCCUCCGCCGCCGCCCGCGCACGGGCACUGCCGGCUCGGGGGAAGGGACGGGAGGAGGAGUGUGGGAGCGCGGCGAUGAGCUCAGCUCCGUCCCCCGGCGCCGCCUGAGGAGAGCCGGCCCCUCCCGCAGGCCGCCGCCGCCGCCGCCAUGGCUCACUCCCCCGUGCAGCCGGGCCUGCCGGGGAUGCAGACUCUGAAAGCAGAUCCAGAAGAACUGUUUACAAAACUGGAGAAAAUUGGUAAGGGCUCUUUUGGUGAAGUUUUUAAAGGAAUUGACAAUCGGACUCAGAAAGUGGUUGCUAUAAAAAUCAUUGACCUAGAAGAAGCAGAAGAUGAAAUAGAAGACAUCCAACAGGAAAUCACAGUGCUGAGUCAGUGUGACAGUCCCUAUGUAACUAAAUAUUAUGGAUCCUAUUUAAAGGGACCUUUUGGCCAGCUUGCAUAAGGACUUGUGUUUAGAAGAGAACCUUUGGGCUCAUCUGUAUCUCCCUCCCCUCAAAGGGAUGGCAGCCCGAGGACAGCUAGCAUUCAUCAUGACGCCAAGAGACUUCAAAGGAGGUAAGCGCCUCAGAAAUGCUCCCAGACAAAAUGCACUCAUCAGUCCUGCACCCCAGUGUGGUAAUAUUCUUCAGUGCAGCAUUACCAUCUCCUAAAAGUUUUUGUUCUUACUCCUUCCUGAAAAUCUUUUGAGAGCUCUGUAAGGCUUUAUCAGCUGGUUGCAGUCCUCAUGGAGAUUUGCAUCUCUGUCAGUAACCCUUGUAUUUUUGCUUAAGAAUGUGCAAAAGUGUGAAGCGAAAGGUGCUAGCUACGCUGCCUGGCUUUGUGCUCAGAUAUAUGCUCCCCUCCAUCCCUUAGUUUGUCUUUCGUAUUUUGGAUGAGACUUAAAACUUGAGCUUUUCUCAAUUCAUGUUUCAUUAAGAUCAAGGGGGAAAAAACGGUGCUUGCUCUUCACAGUUUUAAAGUUAGCUUUUUUCUUUCUUUCUUUCUUUUUUUUUUUAAUUAUUUUUAAAGUGGAUCUCCUUUCAUAUCCAGCUAAUUUCUGCCCAAUUCUUUGUUUAGGUUUUUAGAGGGUGUUGUCCCAGGAAAUGCAUUUAGUUCUGCUGGAGGGAUAUAUGUCUUCAGGAAUCUUUUUUUUCCUGUCAGAGAUGCCGUCUAGAUGCAGCACAGCUGUUUGUAUCUCUGAAAUGCCUAUAGAAUAAUUACUUAGUAGAAAGAUAAAUUAAGAACAAACAGUCGUUUGCCGUGGAAACAGAAAUGAAAAAACAAUAAUCCCACGUUUACUUAUUUAUAAAACAAAAACAGAGCUCUCAGGGGUGAUUUCUGACUCUCCCAAACCUCCUUUCAGAUCAUUCAUAGGAAAGCUGAGCUACAGAUCUUCUUUUUCUUGUUCUUAUUCCAAUAAACAUUAUGUAAAACCCACUAAGAAUGUAUCUGAAAACAUAAGGAAGAAUUUUCAUGCCUAUUUUUUUUUUUUCCCCACUUAAAAGAAUAUUUGAAAGUAGACCAGUAGUAAAUAUUAAUUAUGUUUGCUGAGCAGAUUUUUUUUCUUGGAGUUUGGAUUUGUAGAGGAUUCAGUUGACAGUGAGUGCUCUCAGACCACAUAAGCUAUAUCUGUUCCUAAGUCCUGUAUGAUUGCAGAUACCCUGAGUAACAACUUUCGCCUUAUUUUUCCUUUCAUGAUUUUACUGUGGAUUUUUUUUUUUGCUAUAAGUUUCACUUUAUAAAACCUAGGCAAGAGCUUUCUGACUACUUCGAUGACCACUAUCUAGCUGGUGUUCCUAUUAGGCUCUGUUGUAUCAAAGUAAAGCUCCUGAAGAUUGGAGCUUAAAUAUGUUAAGGGCAUCGUAUAAAAUAAUAUAUCACCUAAUUCUCUUCCAAAGUUAUUUAUGUUCAGAUUUACCAGUGCAUAUUAUGAUCAACUUGUAGCUCAUCCAGGCUUAAAACUUUUACAAGUUCUGGUAAUGCUGAUAGGUUAAAUUAGCUUGAUUUCUGUUUGUCUUUCAACAAUUUUAUUGUUGGUUUUUGUUGCUAUUACUGUUUUCUUUCAUUGGUGUUCUUAUUUUUCUUUUCCAAAUGCUGAGAUUUCUGUUACAGUAAUUAGCUGCCAUGGUUCCAUAUGUACAUAUCUAAUGUACAGUGCAGUUCAACUGUAGCAAUUGAUUUAUUUCAUAAUAUGUAGUCUUACCACAAUGCAUUAUUUCUAUAUCCCUUCAUCUGGUAUUGAAAAAGGCAAAAGAGUUUUAAAAUUAAAAAAAGAAUAAAAUUAAAUGAAUGAAUUUUUCACAAAACUGGAAAUCUUUUUUGGGGGGAAUUAUUCUACCGCUUCUAUUUAUCUCUGCAAGAUAUUACCACAUAAUCCCCAAUAAGAACAGCACAUGAAGCUGGUGUAAAGCUUAGCAAGUCAAUUCUGUUCCUGUGCAACAAACUAAAGAGGGUCACAAAUAUAUUUUACCUUUAUAGAUGAGUUGCUAUCUCCUGGGAGUAAAUCAUAAGGAAACAGGGGCAGUUAUUAUUUCUUCCAUUUGAGUAUCCUUCUAGUAUCAGUGACAGAAUUUAUUUGUUUUUUUUUGAGAGGUUGAGAACUGCUAGGCUGUUUUUUAGUCUGUUGGAGGAUGUGCAUUAUAAUAAAAAGGGCCCUAGUAGUAAAUGGGAAGUGUUAUAUUAUUAGGAGCCUCUGGAAUUGAUGGAAUACUCAAAUUAAUUUCAAAGGUAAAUCUAACUACUGCUUUGUGAGUGUUUCCUGGAGGGAACAGAUAUUCAAAGCAAUACUAUUUCUCUUUGAAGCUUUUCAAAUUGCUAGUAGAAUUCAAUCAUUCAUUUAAGCGGAAAAAUUAAUUUUAACUAUAUUCUUUAAUUGUAUACCAGUUUACGUACUUCAGCAUGACAACAUUCUCACAUCUACUUUCUUGACGAAUAGUUACUUUCAUCUUCAUUUAUUACACAAAAAUCUUCUUUCGCUGUUCUAAUAGCUAAAAACAUGGAAGUGGAAUAUUAAUCUCCAAGCUAAAAGGUAGCUAAGUCACUGAAGCUGUUGCCAUUUCAGAUAUUCUUCAACCUUAUGAGAAAAUGGGACAGAAAUUGAAGACACUUAUCUAAAAAUAACGUGGACUGUUAGUUUGACAGGAUAGUGGGGGGAGAAGGGGAGGGAGAGGACAAUUUAUCCAGUGGUUCUCUUUGAU